CCGGAAGUAAAUCUUUUGUGUUGCUGACGAGACGCUGGUGGAGAUGCGGAAGUAGACGGUUGUAACAAUUAGCCACCUUGCUAGCUAAUUAUUUACUUAACUGAAGAUUUACUUGAUAAAGACAACGAUAAAUAGGUCCUGAAUUGAAUGAUAUACCUUUUUUGAUACGUAUUUGUUGGUGAAACCUACAUAUUUCCUCGCUCAACCAGGUGGGAAUUUGAAAACAAUCGAACGUGUGUAGGAGGACGGUCCUGAUGGCAGACCACACUGAUGUCAGCCUGCCUCCUGAGGACCGUGUUCGUGCCCUGACCAAGAAGGGCAGCUCUGUGGACGUGAACGAGGACGUUCCUCCCAGGAGGUACUUCAGAUCGGGCGUGGAGAUGAUCCGUAUGGCCAACACCUAUACCGAGGAGGGCAACGCCGAGCACGCCUUCGUACUCUACAACAAGUACAUCACGCUCUUCAUUGAGAAGCUACCUAAACAUAGAGAUUACAAAACAGCCAACAUUCCAGAGAAGAAGGACACCUUGAAGAGACUGAAGGAGGUGGCCUUCCCUCAAGCAGAGGUGCUGAAGAAGGCUCUUCUCAAGAUAUAUGAGCAGGAGCAUGCACAGUAUCUCAUCAAAAAGAAAGCGGAGGAGGCGACCUUGGCGCAGCAGCAGUCGAAGCAGCAGGCGCUAGAAGCAGAGAGGGAGCGUGUGGUGGAGCUACAGCGGCGCCAACGGGAACAAGAGCAGUUCAGCGCCUUCGAGGAGAUGAUCAGACGGCAGGAGCUGGAGAAGGAGAGGCAGCGAAUCCUUCAGGAGUUUCAUGCUCCUGGGACCCCUCCUCCCGAUGCGCCCCUCCUCCCAGGGGUCCAGGGGCCCCCUCUACCUCUGGCCGUGUCCCCAACCCCACCUCAGAGCCCGGGGGACAGCGCCGGCCAGGUCAGACCGCCUGGCGGCAGCACCGCCGGGCCCGCUGCACUCCCCACCUUCGACCGGACGCUCAAACCCGUGAGCCCUAGUGGGAACAGCAGCACCAUGGAUGGCAUCCGUCAGUUGGCAGUGCCCUUGGAGCUCUGCAGCAGUUUCCUCAGACUCGCUGAUUCCAACACCAGCCGAGCUGUAGAGACCUGUGGUAUCCUCUGUGGCAAACUGCUGAGGAAUGCCUUCACAGUGACCCAUGUGAUCGUGCCGAAGCAGAACGGAGGGCCAGACUACUGCGACACGGAGAACGAAGAAGAGCUGUUCCUCAUCCAGGACCAGUAUGACCUCAUCACUCUGGGCUGGAUACAUACCCACCCCACCCAGACAGCCUUCCUGUCCAGUGUCGAUCUCCACACUCACUGUUCCUACCAGCUCAUGAUGCCGGAAGCUAUCGCUAUUGUCUGCUCACCCAGGUUCAACGAGACGGGCUACUUCAGGAUAACUGAUCGUGGGAUGGAUGAGAUCUCGACGUGUAAACAGAAAGGUUUCCACCCUCACAGCAAAGACCCUCCUCUCUUCACUGGAGCAGGACACAUCACAGUCACCGACGACAGAGUCACCAUGUUGGACCUGCGGUGAUCACCUCUGGACUGGGGAUCUACACACCAAACGCUGGCUGGCUGGCUGGCUGGUUGGCUGGCUGGUUGGCUGGCUGGCUCGCUGGCUGGCUCGCUGGCUGGCUGGCUGUAUUUGUUUAUUAGGAUCCCCAUUUGGCUUUUUAAGAAGCAGCAACUACUCUUCCUGGGGUCCAUUUUAAAAAUCACUAAACAUGAUAAGUAACAAAACACUGAUACACUUUGACUGACUGACUGGCUGACUGGCCGACCUGCCCGGCCGGCUGACAUCUGGCUGAAUUUUGGGUUGCAAAAUUCUGGUAAUUUCCCUUUUUUUAAAUUAUUUUAAAAUUACCAGGUUCCAUUAAUCGUGGUUGGAGUUUUUUCCGGAUUUCCUGCUUCUUGAUUCCAGUAAUAUUCCAACCAGGAUUUCUGGAUAAUCCAGGAAUUUGGGGAAAAGUUCCUGUUAAAAGACAGAGACAUCUUACUUCUAAACCCCUUGUUGUGCCCAUCAGUACAGACGGUGGUUCAUGAAGGGACCUCCUGCUCUCACUGCCCUCCUUUGAACUAAAGCAGACCGCUUGUCAUAGGGGGGAGGACACCUCUCCUGUGUACGCUCCUACUUUUCUUUUUUUUCCCCCAGAGGUGACUAUCACUCCGUAAACUGCUGCCAAUAGUCCGUUUAUGUCGUCAUAUCCUUUUUGAUGGGUUUUCUGCUUUUUUUUUUGUUGCUCAGAGCUUACCUGUCUCGCUGACUGGCUGACUGUCUCGCUGACUGGCUGGCUGGCUGACUGACUGACUGGCUGGCUGACUGUCUCGCUGACUGGCUGACUGACUGACUGACUGG